AUCCUUGAGCCCUUGCUUCUGACAGCCCCGUCUCCCCCUGCCCCCGACAAAACCCUAACCCCCUCCCUCGCUCCCAACCUACCCCAAAUCCCUCAACACCCCUCUUCAGGUCCAAAACGCUUCCCCUUAUACACCAAACACCUUCCCGAUCACCAACUGUCACUUCACUUUCAGUAUCAACCAAAUCCCUCCACACCCAUCCUAUCUCUGUGACCUCGAAUCCCUACACCCCUCCCUAACUCUGUAACCCCCACCAGCCCAUGCACCGCUCCCUAUCACAGUAACCUCCUCCAGCCCUUGCACCCCUCCCUAUCUCUGUCACCUCAUCCAACCCCGACACCCCUCCCUAACUCUGUAACCCCCACCAGCCCCUGCACUGCUUCCUGUCUCUGUAACCCCCACCAAGCCCUACACUGCUCCCUGUCGCAGUCACCUCCUCCAGCCCCUACACAGUUCCCUAUCUCUGCCACCUCCUGUAGCCCCACUCACCCUACAAGUUCCCUGCUCCCUCCAAUUCUGACCUCCCCUGCAUCCCCCAACUGCUCCUUCACCACCCCCCCCGCCCCCAGUCGUGGGUGUGUCUUCAUCUGCCUGGGGCACUUUGCAACGAGUUACCUGCCUAAACCAUAUCAUUUGACCGAUUUUCAUUUCCAUGACAUGUGUCUGACAUCUCCCUAUGUGGCUUCAGGAGGGUGGGGUGGUGUCCGAGUUUGUCUGAUAUCACUCCCUCUGAGGUGACUGAAUGCAUUUUAUUACAUUGACGGCGCUACAGAAAUGCAGCAUGUGGUUCAAGUGCAACAGCUUUGGCUCGAGUCAUGCACAUGGAACGGUUUCCACGGGGAUGGUGGUCAGUCACCAUGGAUACGCAGAUUGGAAUGCGAUUGGCAAAUGAACCAGGGGGAUGUCCGGGACGCUACCGGUGCCGCAGAACGCGAGGGACGAGGACAGCGCCUCGGAGCGAGGAUCCAAGGAGGAGGACGAAUCCGCCGGGAGCCCGGGAACGUUGGAGCGCGGCGAUGCCCCACUUCUCCACACCUCAGACACCCUGGAGUAUCCCGGCGGAGGCCGGUUUCCAGUCGCCGAGGAGACGGGCCUGGAGAUGAAGGCUCUGCGCCAGGCCUCGGCGGCUGAGGGGGCCCAAGCCCCUCCGGUGGCAGCAGAGAAGGGGCCGGGCCCCGAGAGCGAGGUGUGGGUUCCUCCGCCAGCGGUCGAUCCCACCGUGCGGGUGGUCGUAGCCCGCACGCUGAGCAAGGAGUCUGAACGCCAGGCCUUCCUGACAGGCCACUGCCCGCUUCCCGACUCCGAGUGGCCAGGAGCCAAUGGAGAGGAGGAGGGGUCAUAUGGGGGUGACAUGGGCAAACGCCCGUGCUGUCCCCGCUGCUCUCGGCCCAACCUCAAAGCCACGGCCUCCCUGGCUGGCGCCGUGCUGGUGUACCCCUGCUUCCUGUAUGGCGCUUACGUCUUCCUGCCCUUCGAUGUGCCAAUCAUGCCAGACAUUAGUGCCCGCUUGAUGUAUACGCUCCGCUGCGGCGUCUUUGCCACCGUCCCCAUCAUCAUGGGCAUCAUCGUGUACGGCCUAGCGAGGUGUUGCUCCUCCGCCGUUGAUCCUUUCGGGCCCCGCAGGGAGGAGGUGGAGAUCCACCUGCGAUUUGUGACGGACUCCAUCCACCUCUUCGUCCUGUUCUUCGUCAACCUCAUGGUCCUCUCCACCUACCUCCCUCAGGAAGUCCUCAAACUCCUACCACUGCUCACCGCCUUCUUCGCCCUGGCCAGGCUGAUUUACUGGGUGACAUUCACCAUUAGCAGCAGCUUCCGCGGUUUCGGUUACGGCCUCACGUUCUUCCCCAUCCUGGGUCUGGUCGUGGUGAACCUAUGCUACAUGUUCGUCCUAGCGCCGGACAAGAUGUUCGCCACCUCCCCCAGCGAGCUGGAAGAAAAGGACGCUGGCUCCAGCACUCGCCAGAGGUUCUGGGGCUGAGCCCAAAGACUCCAGCCCCGGAGAAAUGGACUGGCUCUCCUGCAGCCCAAUGGCAUCAAUGUGGAUUUCACAAGCUUCAAAAUCUCCCCUCCCCCUACCGCAUCCCAAAACCAGCCCAGCUCGUCCCUGCCUCCCU